AGUUUGAGUACUUAGCACACUUUUGCUUAAUAAUUUAGACUUUCGUGAAACACACACACAGAAGCGGAUGUGUAUAUUUUUCGGCAUAACACACAACAUUUUUUAAUUAAAUCGAAUCGCAGUCAGUCAGUUUCAUUCUCUCUUUCAAUCGUGUCGGACGCGAGCAGCGCAAGUACGAUUUGUAGCGCAAAGAGAACGGCCAUUUUGACGCACGCAUUUUGUGCGAUUACAAAAUACAAAAAAAAUACAUACAUAAUCCACAAGUAAUAAAUAUACUUCCAAAAAUUAUUGCACAAAAAUUUACAAGUGAAGCAAAACGUGACCCAAAUUUGUGGGCGGAAGAAGAAGCCACAGGCGAGACAGCAGCAAAAAAAGGUGCUAGACGUGUGUCUUUAUCUGUGAAUUAAGUGCAAGAAUUUUCCAUUCGCGUUGAGAACGUACGCGCGACAGUGGCGGUGACGGCGUUUCCUUUGUAUACAGCAAGGCAGGCAACACGCGCUUUAUCAUCAACGUUCCCAAUUCUUCAGUUCAAAUGAAGUAAUAACGAGGACAACGCCGAAAUCAAAACCGCAAAGCAGCAACUAAGCUAAAAUGCUCGAAUCACCAACAAAUAUUGAGAGUAGUGAUUGCUAUGAUGGCAGCCGCAUUUUUACCUGGCUGGCCGACAUGGUUGGGCUCUCUGUUGAUUUGGUCAACUUCUUAAUAUGCCAAAUAUCAGCGCUCUUCCUAGCCUCGCUCUUCCGUUCGUUUCUCCAUCCAUCUAAGGUGUCCUGCGAGGUGCGUCACGCAUUUGGAUUGUCAUUGGGACUGACCUUUGGCUACUUUUGCUUUGGCCAACAGGCAAUUCACAUCGCUGGACUUCCUUUAAUAUGCUACAUUGUCAUACGCACACAAGAUCCACGCAUUGUUCAGAGGAGCGUCAUGCUGGUGGCCAUGGGCUAUUUGCUGUGCGUGCAUCUGAUGCGUCAGUUCUAUGAUUACGGCUCCUAUGCUUUGGACAUCACGGGACCACUGAUGAUCAUCACACAGAAGGUGACCAGUCUGGCGUUCAGCAUACAUGAUGGCUUUGUGCGCAAGGAUGAGGACAUGACAAAGGCGCAACAGUACCAUGCCAUUAGGAAAAUGCCGUCGGCACUGGAAUACUUCUCGUAUGUAUGGCAUUUCCAAAGCCUGAUGGCCGGCCCCUUGGUCUUCUACAAGGAUUACAUUGAAUUUGUCGAGGGCUACAAUCUAUUGAAACGUCCAGCAUCAAACGCCAGCUUGGACAAUGGCAAAUCGGAAUUGGUGGUGGAGCCGUCACCUACGAAAACCGUCAUACGCAAGGUCCUUGGCAGCUUGGUGUGUGCAUUCAUCUUCAUGAAGUUUGUCAAAAUCUAUCCCGUAAAGAAUAUGAAAGAUGAUGACUUUGUUAAUGGCACCAGCAUACCCUAUAAGUUCUGGUAUGCCAUGAUGGCAACCACCUGCAUACGCUUUAAGUAUUAUCACGCCUGGCUGCUGGCCGAUGCGAUUUGCAACAAUUCGGGCUUGGGUUUUACCGGCUACGAUAAGGACGGCAAUGCCAAAUGGGAUCUCAUAUCCAACAUUAAUGUGCUAUCAUUUGAGUUUGCGUCCAAUAUGCGAGACGCGAUCAGCAACUGGAAUUGCGGCACAAAUCGCUGGUUGCGCACACUCGUCUAUGAGCGUGUGCCCAAGAAGUAUGGCACACUUUUGACGUUCACAUUGAGCGCCGUGUGGCAUGGCUUCUAUCCUGGCUACUACUUGACCUUUGCCACUGGCGCCCUGAUGGUUACAGCUGCGCGUACGGCACGUCGCAUGUUCCGACACCGCUUCCAGAGCACACAGGUUACGCGCAUGUUCUACGACAUUCUUACCUGCAUCACCACACGCAUUGUGAUGGGCUACGCUACAUUCCCAUUUGUUCUGCUUGAAUUCAUGGGCAGCAUCAAAUUGUACCUGAGAUUUUUUUUGUGCCUUCAUCUUAUUUCACUAGUGACCAUAUUUAUUCUACCAAAAUUCAUACGGGGUGAGCCGCGCACACAACGGUCCAGCAGGAGUUCCGCCGGGGCGAAUGUGCCGGUUUCCACGCAGAGCGAUGGCAAUAUUACGGCUGCUGUCGAUCAACCGCUGGCGGUGGCCGCCAGCACCGAUGAUCUCAAUGCCAAUGAUGAGAAGGAGGACGGAGUGGAGAGUAAGCAUGCUAAACGUAAUAAUGACACAAUGCCACAGCAACAACAACAGCAAUCGCUACAACACGAUCUAAAGCAGAAUCAGUCACCAAUACUCCAACCACGCCCACAGCUUCUGCAGCAGCAACAAAGUCCGAAGCCAAUACAACACCACAACGGUCAACAGAUUUGCGCUCGAGACGCGGUUAGUGUGCCGCACGAUCAGUGUGAAAUGGAUCAAUUGUCCAGCAAGCUGAAGGAGAAGAUUGAAGCGGAAACCAAAAAUAUUGAGGAAUUUAUCGAUAAGACUGUUACCGAAACUGUUAGCGGCAUCGUUGAGUUUAAAAACGAUCUGAUGCGCGACAUUGAGUUUCCCAAACUGAAGCUAGCCGCCGGCUCAGUUAGUAGCGGUGCCGCCAAUCUGGUGGACGCUGCUGCCGCCGGUCUACGCAAACGCAACAUAUCCUCUGCCCACGAUAGCAACAGCAACAACACAAACAACACUAACACCGCCAAUGCAUGCGCCGACCAUGCCCCCGAGGAGAACAGUGGUGCGUUCUUGAAGAAGGAAAUCGAUGCAAUCAAUGCUGUCGUCCAGCAGGCAAAUGUUUUGCCGGCUGUGCUCAGCAAUGGUCAUGCCAAAUAGUAGCUGGUUAAUGGAUACAAAUGCCAGCUGCAUUAAUCUGGACAAUUAACAAUUGAUGAUGAAUCGGCUGGGAUUGGUCUAUUGGGGAGACUUAGGGAGUAGGUGCUGCACACACACACACACAUAC